CUACACCGAGCUCCUUCAGCACAUGUUUAAUAUUCAACAAUUCUAACCCGUUGAACCUCCUACUUUCCUUCUUUUUUGUUAUACCGUAUAUCCAAAUGCAUCAUCUAUAGCAUUGAACAUAUCGCACAUAAUUCAGCUCUGGUGUUGCCCCAGCCAUUUCCCCACCCGCCGGGCGACUCGUCCCCUGAAUUUUCCAGGAUUGAAUCAGGAGAAAAGAAAGGAAAGAAGAUAGCCAGCCAUGGCCACCCUGAAUACUCUUGAGCUGGGCUCCGUCCUCGUAACAGGCGGCUGCGGCUUCUUGGGCAGUCACAUUGUCGACCAGCUCCUCAAUUUUCCUUCCGAGGCCAACGCCAGCAGCAACAGUGACAGCACACAGGAUCGAAUGAUCCCAAGCCGGGUCCGCAAAACCAAUGGCGAGCUAGACACCCGCUUCGCCGUCCCUCCGCUCUCCAACCGCUACCCAACCUACAAAAACACUAAAGUUUCCGUCCUCGACUUGCGCACGCUGCACAACCGCUACCCUGGCGCAGAUUACUAUGAGGCUGACAUCAUGUCCGUCGAGCAGUUGCUCGAGGUGUUUCGGAAGGUGAAGCCGGAUGUUGUGAUCCAUACUGUCUCUCCACCGCCAAUGCAGUCGAUGCCGGAAUUGUUGUAUCGCAUCAACGUGGAUGGGACGAGGAAUUUGCUGGAGGUUGCGGGGGGUUUAAAGGGUGAGUGGGGCGGGGUGUGUAAGGCAUUUGUGUAUACGAGCUCAUCGUCUGUGGUACAUGAUUGCCAUAGCGAUUUGAUUCGGGCGGAUGAGAAAUGGCCGUUGAUCACGGGGAAGUUGCAGUAUGAGUAUUAUACAGAGACGAAGGCCCAAGCCGAAACUCUAGUCCUGAACUUCAACAAAGCCUCGCCAACAGGAAUGCUGACCACAGCCAUCCGGCCCGCCGGUAUCUACGGUGAGCGCGACACGACCCUCACCAAAGGCCUGACCGACCAUGCCCGCAAAUCCUCUCCAUUCGUCCUCCGAUUCCAGCUCGGCAACAACGACAACCUUUUCGAUUUUACCUAUGCAGGCAACGUCGCUUACGGUCACAUGCUCGCAGCCCAAUACCUCCUGGCCACCUUUAAACGUCUAGAAUCCGGGGCUGCAUCACCGCUGGACCACGAACGCGUCGACGGAGAGGCGUUCAACAUCACCAACGACAGCCCCGUGUACUUCUGGGAUAUGGCGCGGAGCGUCUGGGCGCUGAUGGGCAAGAUAGUCGAACCUGAGAAGGCGAUUGCGCUGCCGGAAGGGGCUCUAACGGUUGUUGGGGGAUUGUUGGAGAUGAUGUUUGGGCUGUUUGGGAAAAAGCCGCGGAUGUCGAGGAAGGAGGUGCGGUUCUCGUGUAUGACGCGGUAUUAUUCGUGUGAGAAGGCGAAGAGACGGCUUGGGUAUAUGCCUGUUGUACCGUUGGAGGAGGGGGUGGUUAGGUCUGUGGGGACCGUGUUGGAGAGGGAGCAGGCGUCUGAGUCGAAGAAGGAUUUGUAGGAUUUUCUCUCCGUUUCUCUUGUCUUUAAUUUUACUUUGUAAUUUUAUUUAUUUUUUACUUUUUAUUCUUAUUCUCCUCAAUGAAAUUUUCUUUUACUGUGACUUUUUUUUCUAAAUUAGAUGAUCAAGUAAAUUCUAUAGCUGCAGUUGAUUGUAUUCCUCUGACUACUUAUUUACCGCUCUUUUCUAUGGAAAUUGAGGGAAUAUAUACAACAUUGAUA